AAAUCCCUUGUUUUGCUUUGCUUUCUUGUGCAGCUUUUGCUUCACCAAUUAAACUGUCUCUUAAGUACCAAAAAUGCUGAGAUACAGAUGAAAGAGGGUUUGCCAGCUAGUUAAAGCUUUGGGGGAGUCAGAAUAUUCCUGACACUUGGGUAUUCCAAUUUAUUUAAUCCUUCUUUUAAUCAACAGAGCUAUUAAGCGAUUCUCACCCCACCUUUGCCCACCAGAAAGUUUAAAGAAACCAAACCAUGCUCCUUUAACUCAUUAGACUAGCAAGACCAUCCCAAAGAAAAUGUUUGUACUGCUUAUAUCAAACCUCAAUCCCAUAAAGACAAUACGGCUCCUUAAAAUCUACGGUAUUAGGCAAGGCUCUUGACAUCAGCUAUAAACAAUUUCUGAAGUGGGUGUGCUGGGCUAUAAAUCCCAAAUGUCAGAUAAAUCAGUGACUGAAGAAAAGGCAAAACACGAUCGUGGUCAUGCAAUGGGUAGAAUACAUUUUAACAGAAGACCUUCAGUGGCUCAGCCUUUCCAUUAUAGCUGGAAGGAUGAGCCACCUCAGCCAAAACACUUCACGCAGUCCAGAAAACCCUCCUAGCAGAUGGAGCGAGACAACCAAAAUCCCUGCUUGCAGAGCACAAAGAACUGAGCCUGGAAAAGAUGGGUGAAGGGCUCAAUGCUCAUAAUUAGAUGGACCAUAGUAGAAAAGUAUUUGUUAAAAAAAUAGCUAGAGGGAAAAAUCAUAUGGUUAUUCUUCUCGAGAGCUGUCUUUACCUUGUCUCUGCAGCAUCCAAUGUGGUAGUGAUGCUGGCUACUGCUGACUGCAGCAAUGAUGCUUGGGAAGCUGAAGCUGGACAGGCAACGCCAAGUGCUUCUUGCGAAGGAGCACUGUGCACUGCAGCACUGCCACGGUUUAACCCCGGCCGGCAGCUCAGUCCCACACAGCUGCCUGUUCACUCCCCCCUGGUGAGAUGGGGGAGAGAACCAGAAGAGUAAAAGUGACAAAACUCAUGGGCUGAGAUAGACAGUUUAACAGGUAAAACGAACGCUGCACAUGCAAGCACAGCAAAGCAAGAGAUUCAUUCACCACUUCCCAUCGGCAGGUGGGUGUUCAGCCAUCCCCAGGAGAGCAGGGAACCACCACAUGUAAUAGUUACUUGGGAAGACAAACGCCAUCACUCCAAACAUCCCCCACUUCCUUCUUCACUCCAGUUUCCACACCGAGCAUGACAUCUUUAUGGCAUGGAAUAUCCCUUGGCUAGUCUGGGUCAGCUGUCCUGGUUCUGCUCCCUCCUGGCUUCUUGUGCACCUCCUCGUUGGCAGAGCAUGGGAAACUGAAAAGCCUUUGACUUAGAGUAAGCCCUAUGCAGCAACACAUAAACCAUCAGUUUAUCAAUGUUAUUCUCAUGCUAAACCCAAAGCACAACACUGUACCAGCUACUAGGAAGAAAAUUAACUCGAUCCCAGCCAAAACCAGGACAAACACACACAGGAUACACCUGCAAUCGUUACCUUAGAUCAAUGCUCAGUCCUCAGCAAAGAUUUAGCUCUCCACAGUGUUGAGCAAUGCUGCGCUGCUGCAUUGCUUCCACCCCAAGGGCAGCUGAAACCAAAGCUGCAAUCAGUAAUUGUGGCCCAGGCAGCAUCCACAGACAAAAUCCUGGCAAGGCAGCCACUGCCCCCUGUGCAUCAUGGAAUUGUCACAGGGAGCAGCUGGAAUUGCCAAGCCCAUGACAAGGUGUUAAAAUCUGAUUAUUUUGAUACUUACAGGCUUCCUUGGGCCCACAGGCUCUGAAGCAAGGAGACACUCUGCAGCUGUGUGGUCCUGUUUCACCACUGUGUUGGUCCAGUUAAGCAACAUCUUGCAAUGAUGAGCUCUAACAGCUGCAUGGGUUUGGUCUUUGAAAAUUUCCAGUAUUAAAUCAAAGAGAAUUAGAAAGAGCACUGGGCUUAAAUAGGGGCUGGAACAUGGCAAAACUGCCGGAAUUACAACCAGAAAUAAAGCCUGUGUAGAAUAAAAAGGACACCAGAGCAAGUGAUCCAUCUUCUUCAGACUGAGCUACAAAACUUCAUUUGAAGGUGAGACCAUUCCUAGCAGACACAGAGCAGCUCACUCAUCCUGCAGAGACACCAGCAGAAACCUGUCUUCUUCACAAAUAUGCCCAGGCAAAGCCAUGGAGCAAUGGAUGGAUAUCCAUAGCUGUGCUGCAGCAGGAGGUAAGAGAAGCCACUAAGAUCCCAGCAGCAGGACACCCCUCCAAAGUGAUGUCCCCAGUGGAGCAAUCCCAGCUGAGCCAGGAAUACAGAAAACAAAGAAUCACCCGCAAAACCUCCAGCAUGGCCCCAAACAUGAGGGGCUGGACGGGGUGAGCAGCACACAUUUCCACCCUCCUCCGGGAAUCCCAGGACGAGGAAGGCCCCUGGCAAGGUGCCGUCACUGCUGCUCUCAGGGUGAAAACCAGCUCUUGGCCCCCAGUAACGCUGCAGCAAAGCCUGUCUAACUAAAUAAAUGAUGUUGUUUACAGCUGGGAGAUGGUCUCCAUUACACAAUGCGGCCAUCCCAGCCAACCUUCCAGGGAGAAGCUGUUCUUUGGGGGGUUGUUGCUUGAAAAAAAUGAAGAAGAAAACAGAACUAGCUGAAGCCAACACAGCAGUUUAAGAGCACAGGAAACCUCAUCUCCUUCUGCCAAGAAAACAGUGGAUCUGCAAAUUUGUCCAGUUCACACUUACCAUUGGGCAUAUCAUGUAUUCGGGGUUUUAGCCACUGUCUGCACAGAGCUGGCAGAGCAGGGGAGAGAAAGGAAACCCAAAUCUGUGAAACAUGGGGAAAAGAAAAAAAAAAAAAAAAAAGCUGAGACAGACCAAGAAAUAAAGAGCAGGGAAAUGCACCUGAAGGGAGGGGGCUGAGAGAAGGUGCUUCAAACACAUCAAAAACAUGAGAACUCCAGCAGAGACAAGUGAGGGGGGGAAUCAAAAGUUAGAAGAGUGAGAAAAAGCAAAAGCAGCAACUGUGUCACUUGUUGUCCUGCUGACACAUCAGCUGCAAGGCAUGUGUCUAGUUCUCUUGGCCAUCGUAAGCAAAGUAACCAGCCUGCAGACUGCUGAGUCCUGGCUGCCAGGUGCAUCAAUCAGUCCCGACUGCACUUUUCCUUUGCGCUCUGGAUAUAGGAUAAUAACCAGGGAAAGGCCCAAGGACAUGGGUUUUUAGGGACCCAAGCCCAGCUCCAGCUGCUCAAUGGCAUCUUCAGACCUCCUGGAGACAGGCAGCACCCUGGGAAGCGCAGGAUGCUCUUGGGGUGCUCUGCAUUUCACCCACGGGGAUCAUCUUUUACCACUCACAGCAGGCUCAGGGCUUAUCCCAGGACGAGGAUCUGCCAGGACACAGCACUCCCACACACAUUCCUGGCUGGCAGGGAGCAUGAGUCUUGCACAGCUCCUAACAGUCUCCCGUUUUACUGCAGAGGAGUCACAGCCAUUGACAGGGCUGCGCUCAGGGUUCAGUCCCAGCUUUGCUUUCCUUGGUGUCCUGAUCACAGCCUGAAUCCAGGGCGCCCACCAGCAUGUCCAGCCACACCAGGGUGAGAGCCCCCAUCUCAGCUGUCUCUGCUGAAGCCCCAACUGCAGAAAAGUACAAAAAUCCACCCCCAAAACAGAGGGGGUUUUGAGCAAACUGCUAAGCAGAUCCUGAGAAUGGUGAUCAACCCAGCAGCAGGAGCCUCUCCCAGACAGAUCCCGAGGGAAGUCUGUUACCUGCCGCCGCUUGCAGAGGGCAGGAGGUCAGAAAUACUACCAUCAGAGCAUCAUGCUCAGCUGAGAAGUCCCCCUGCCUCCCAGUAAUGCUCUUCACAGCAGGGCACUUAAUCGGCUUUUAUCUGCCUAAAGACUUGAUCCUCCCUGGUCUGCAGCAGGAACCAGCUAAUUCAUUUUCACUGUGCACUAAAAUCACAGCCCAACCGACCUUGCAAUGCUCGCGGUUCACCUAUCCAAAAGGUACACGUUAUUUUUCUUGCCUCCUUCUCUGCUAUCCAUCAGGUAUUAGAUGCGGUGGCUGACUUGUGGCUGGUCAUGUUCUUUCUUGUUAUAUUUAUAUUUACUUGUGCAGCAACGGCUGGGCUGAGCCUAAAUGUCUCUGAUUCAUGCCCUAGCAUGUGCAGAUGUGCACCUGAAGACAUUAUCCAUUGUAACAGAGCUGGACUGAGAGCCCUCCCGGGAGAAAUAGCAGCAUCCACCAUCUCUCUAAACCUUUCCAAUAAUUACUUGCGGAUUCUCUCCACCAACACCUUCAGAAACCUGACUUUCCUUCACAGCCUCUGGCUAGAUGGAAACAACCUGACUUUCCUGUCUCCGGGGACCUUCCAUGCUCUCAACAGCCUGCGAGAGCUGCACCUCAGCAGGAACCCACGCCUCACCUACCUGCACGCAAACACUUUCAGAGGACUGUUAAACCUCAUCAGCCUGGAUUUGUCCCACUGCAAUAUCUUUGAAAUCCAUCCGCUUCUAUUUUCACACCUGCCUUCUUUGGAAACACUCGAUUUAGCCUCCAAUAACAUGCGGUAUGUCCCACAAGCCUUUAGGAACCUCUCCAGUCUCACAAAGCUGUCCCUGGAGGGUAACCACAUAGAAGCCAUUGGCAGAGAUUCCCUGAAGGACCUGGAAACCCUGUACGAUCUGAAUCUCAGGAAGAAUCGGAUAUGGAUCAUACAAAAUGGCGCUUUUACAAAGCUUCUCAGAUUAGGAACGUUAAAUUUAGGACACAACUUCAUUGCUGAUUUGCCUAAUCAGCUUUUCGAUGGGUUGAUCCAGCUGAAGACCAUGCACCUUGAAGCCAACAGAAUCACCGCUAUCAACUGCACCUUCAGACAUCUGCUGAACUUGAGAAACUUGUACCUGAACAACAACCAGAUCUCCUCGAUCUCAGACUCCGCUUUCUCGUACCUAAACAAGCUGCACUUCCUUCACCUGAGCAAGAAUAACCUCAGUUCUCUCCCUAUCCGCUUGUUCGCUGAACUGCCAAAACUGCAGUAUGUGUUUUUAUCCCACAACCCCUGGAAAUGUGACUGCAAGAUGCUUUGGUUCUGGCGGUGGAGCACAACGCGCAGGGGAGUGAUCGAAGGGCUACACUGUGCCUUCCUGGGCCCUCACAACACGACAGCACUCAAUGUCCCCCAUCCAGGGGACCUGACGGACUGCACGGUGCCACCUGAGCUGGCAAGCGAAGACAAGUGCAGCGUGGCCAGUACCAGCAUUGCUCCUGGGCCUCCUGCUCUCCCCACCAAGGUCAUCCUGCUGGCACUUGUCUGCCAUGCGUGGUACUUUGCUAGGGGAUGGAACACUCCCGUGGCCACGUUUUGACAAUGUUUAAAUUAUAAAGUGGAUGACACUUAUCUAUUUUCUCGAUAUUUGUUUGUGAACAGUGGUUUU